AUGUUAACAAAGAAGAGUUUGAUGUCAUUAAUGGGAUAUGUUCCUGCUUUGGUUGUUUAGUAUUUUGCAUAGCAUGAAUAGUAUAAAAUAUUUGAUUGUUGA